AUGUAUCGUGAAGGUCGUCUCCGUUCGGCCACUGACUUUCAUUGUCGAAAUCAAGGCACGGUGGAAAUUCAGGAAAAGGGCAAGGCCGAAUUUCGAAAGUUCGUGCUCAAUACUUACAAUGCCAUGAUAGUCAAGGAGACAAUCAUGGAUCAAGGAAAUAUACCCUCCCUUGCUCUCUUCUGCCGUUUUGACAUCGGCCUCAUCGAGUAUCACAACCUCCACUGCUUCAUUGGCGGUGGCGCGCAGCCAUGA